AUGCUUUCUCUCGCCACCUCCCUACUCGUUCUGGUAUCGAUACCCUUCCUCAUUGUCGUCGACCACAAAGCUGGCACCGGCUAUGCUGUGCUACCCACCAGCGAACGUACGCGACGCAACUCCAAUGUCCUCCACAAGACGAGAUCCAACGGCUCCAAGUACAAAUCAUCUGCUCUUCCACAGCAAGAAAUUACAGCCGAAGAAGAACAGGACCGUCCCUCAACCGAGACCUCGUCACUUCUCUCGUCUGGCCCUGGCGACAUCAUUGACAAUGACGACGAUGCAGCAAGCAAAAAGUCGGCUCACUCAUGUGUAGAUAUCACUGGUUUGGCACUUCUGAACAAACCGGAAUUCUGGCAACUAUGGGUACUCAUGGGUCUCCUAUCUGGAGUUGGUUUGAUGACAAUCAACAAUAUUGGUCACGACGUUCAGGCCCUUUGGAAACACUGGGACGACUCCGUCAAGAACGCCUUUGUCGCUGACCGUCAGCUAUGGCAUGUGUCCAUAAUCUCGCUCUGUUCCUUCUUAGGACGUCUAUCUUCGGGCAUUGGUUCCGAUUUUAUUGUGAAGCGACUACAUCACUCACGCUUUUGGUGUGCUGCCAUCUCUGCCACCAUCUUUGCUUUGGCUCAAGUCGCCGCCAUUCGUGUUGAGGAUCCCCACUUCCUGUGGGCUGUGUCCGGACUCUCCGGACUCGCGUAUGGCGUUCUGUUUGGUGUCUUCCCAGCGCUCGUGGUUGAUGCGUUUGGUCCAGAUGGCUUCGCCGUCAACUGGGGCUUCAUGACUCUGGCACCUGUCGUCAGCGGAAACGUCUUCAAUCUCUUUUACGGUGCGGUCUAUGACUCCAACUCGGUAGUUGAGCCAGAUGGUCAACGUGGAUGUGAGCUGGGUCUCUCGUGUUACCGCACCGCGUACUAUGUCACUCUCACAUCGAGCAUAUUGGGCAUCUUCGCUUGUUUCUGGGGUAUCUACGGCGAGCAUAUACGCAAGAGGCGAGAGUUGGAGGAACACGAUGGUCAUAGAGAUGCUUGA